GCCGAGCGGGCCGGGCCGCGGCGGGCCAAGUCGGGAAAACUCCACUCGUUAGGAGCCCGAACCCAACAAGUUGCGGUAGGAGCGCUCCGUGCGGAGAUGGGGCUGCUUUACCCGGCGCACGAGUGAGGCGCGCUGAGGGAGAUCGGCGAGGGACUGUCCGUCGGGAAGUGCGGGCUCCCCGCGGGUUGAUUAAGUGAAUAGAAGAAAAAAAAUAAAAGAAAAACGAAGCUACUUUCAAGUAUUGAAGAUACAAGGCCAGGAUGAACACGAGGGACGGAAAAGUGUCCGAAGGAGGUCUCAAUGUCACUCUUACCAUACGCCUUCUCAUGCAUGGCAAGGAGGUUGGAAGCAUUAUCGGAAAGAAAGGUGAGACAGUGAAGAAGAUGAGGGAGGAGAGUGGUGCUCGAAUCAAUAUUUCAGAAGGCACUUGUCCAGAGAGAAUUGUGACAAUAACAGGCCCAACAGAUGCAAUUUUUAAAGCUUUUUCUAUGAUUGCACUAAAAUUUGAAGAGGACAUUAACGCUUCGAUGACAAACAGCUCGGUGACAAGCAAACCGCCCGUAACACUGCGGCUCGUCGUCCCAGCAAGCCAGUGUGGAUCCCUCAUAGGAAAAGGAGGUUCCAAAAUCAAAGAAAUCAGGGAGUCCACAGGAGCCCAGGUGCAGGUGGCAGGGGACAUGCUGCCCAACUCGACGGAGCGCGCCGUGACCAUCUCCGGCACCCCCGACGCCAUCAUCCAGUGUGUGAAGCAGAUCUGCGUGGUGAUGCUGGAGUCCCCACCCAAAGGUGCCACCAUCCCCUACCGUCCCAAACCUGCCUCUGCACCUAUCAUUUUUGCAGGUGGCCAGGUAAGAGCAGACACCAUUUUGGCUUCAGCUGGAAACCACACCGUCCUGGCCCAGCCUCAGCCAGCGCCUGCGUUCACGAUUCAGGGGCAGUAUGCCAUCCCUCAUCCAGACGUGAGUCCAGCACAUUUGACCAAGCUUCACCAGUUGGCUAUGCAGCAUCCCCCCUUUACUCCCCUUGGGCAGACCACCCCUGGUUUCCCUGGACUGGAUGCCACUACUCCAACCAGUUCCCAUGAACUUACUAUUCCCAAUGAUUUAAUAGGCUGCAUUAUUGGCAGACAAGGCAGUAAGAUAAAUGAAAUCAGGCAGAUGUCAGGAGCGCAGAUCAAGAUUGCUAAUGCCACAGAAGGCUCGGCAGAACGACAAGUUACAAUCACAGGAUCCCCUGCAAACAUCAGCUUAGCACAGUACCUCAUUAAUGCAAGCUUAGAGAUGGCUAAAGUCAGCACCCAGACCGCUUCCGUCACGACCCCUGUUGACCUCAACAUGAACCUCUCUCAGUCUGCCACCCCUACCUCCACCCCCACCUCCAUGGCCGUGCUGGCGGCCGCCUCCGCCGCUACCGUCAGUACCCCCCCUCCCCUACCAACUCUGCCAACCACCCACUAUGCCGUUCCUGUCUCCAGUCUGCUUGGCAUGAAAACUGUCCCACUCCUGGCACUAAAUGCCGCGGCCGCCGCGGGGGCCACGGGGAGUUUGUCCGCUUACACUGCCAAAAUUCCUUCGACGAGCGGGGUUAAGAAAUCUGACCGCCAGAAGUUUGCUCCAUAUUGAAGGGAUGAGACACAAUGCAAGCUUUGCCAGCUCUGCCAAGAGUCUGUGGUAGAUCCUAGUUAUCAAGGAAACAAUACGGCAUCUUUUAUUUUCUGUUCAAUUGCUAGUGUUAACUGUUGCCGGCUCAAGUCGUCUUCCGCUCUCCAUAACACCUAACACCAGGCACCACCUACCAACUAGUUCCAACAGCCAGCAGCGCCAGCCUGGGCUCUUUCUCCCCGGACACAGGCUCGGCCAGGGCAGGCCCUCGGCAGCCCCACAGCAAGGCAGGGGUGCCCCCAGCCCAGCAAGGGAGACACAGUGAAGAGAAGGAAAAAACGUCAGUGAGGCAAAAUGGUGAUAGCCUGCUCCAGCAAAGGUGCCCGGCAUAAAAAUACGCUUAGAUCCAUUUGCAGGGAUCCCUCCCACUGCAGAACAACCCCUUAUGGCAAACUGGCAUCUUUGGUGUAUUUUUUCUAUUGCUAGAAUGUGCAAAUCUGGCACUUCUGAUGAUCACCAGUGCCCCUGUAAUGCCCUGUGAAGUGCUGCUGGCCCCCUCAGUCAUUCUGCUGCUCCCAAAAGGCCUGGACACCCCAUCUCCCUGUCCCAAAAUCUGCCUAUGAGCAGGAGGUGGAAGUUAGGAGGUUCCGACUUCAGGUACUUCUGCAUCCAGUUAAUCCUUCUGGUCUGAGAAAAACUGCUAAAUUAAAAUGACUGUAAAACAGUAAGGAGAAAAUAUCAGGUGCCUGUGCCUUUCCAUGUGAUUCUUUUAAAGGGCGCAACCAUUUUUCUCUGCUUUGGAAAAACAUAAUUUUAAGAACUCUGCUUAAGGGAGGGAGGGAGAGACAGAGAGUUCAGGCUCCUCCUUUUGCACUCAGAUGUUUUACAUAUACUGACACAGUGCUUAUUUCUGUAAGUGCUUCAGAGCAAGUACAAACCAGGUGUCAUCACUAUCUGAUAUUUCCUCUCGUGUAGGUUUUAUUCAGCCAAAAUGACCAUUUUUCGUUAGGUUUCUGUACAAAAUACAUCCCUGUUUAACUCGCCGCUAAUCAUGCAGUCAGGUUUUAUGGUAAUCAUGAGUAACAUGCAGCAUUUUAGAGGUCAUUCAAAGGUUGCUGCCUGGACAGAUCCCAUCCCUUUACCAAGCACUUCAGGAUGUUCAGAUUAACUAAAACGAGACAGGUAAUGUCAGCCAAAGCCAAGAGAGCUGGGGAAUGGAGUGGCUGGUUGCCAGCUGUUGGAACUAGUUCUUAACUGCAUUUUAUGUUUGUCCAUCCACCUUCUUUUUAAUUUCUGUUGCAUAACUCAGUAAUGCAAUAUUGUUUUCCUCACCACUUCCAAAUCCAGAGUCCCAUUAGCCUGCCAUGUUCAUCCACUCUGCACUCCUUGGACACAAAGCUUUAACAAUUGAACUGUAUUCAGUGCAUUUUAAUAUAAACUAAAAACACAAUGCAAAUGCAAUACUUUUUAAAACAUGGUAUUUCAAAGUGUGUUAUUGUAUAGGGCUAAGUACUAUCUCAGUAUUUUGUGUCAUUUCUUGUAUUCUGUGGGCUUUUCUUCACCUUAUCACCUUUGCACUAAGUUUUGUCACUGUAACCAUUUGUAGAACUGCCAUUGUUACAAUUUGCACUUAUCCAAAUGGGGUUUUUGGUUGGUUUUGUUGGGGGUUUUUUGGUUUUGUGGUUUUUUUGUUUAUUUGUG